AUGAAACUUCUCCCAUACCUUGUGUUUGCCUCUACGUCUCUAGCGAUCCCUUAUAAGCAAUACAUCCUUGCGCCCAAGUCCCGAACACUUCAUCCUAUCUCCGUACACAGCUCGAACGGCUCUGUCAGCAAUCCGGAAGGCCUGACAACGACUUCAUCCACCAAUGGCACGUGCAUCUUCGAAGGCGAGGCUGCCACAGCUUUCGACUUCGGAAUUAACAUUGCUGGCAUCGUCACAUUGAACAUCGCUACAGUUUCAGACGAAAAUCAAUACAUUGGCGUCACAUUCUCAGAAAGCUCACUGUGGGUAUCAAAUGCGUCGAGCGACGCAACAGCCGAUGCAGGAAAAGACGAGACCCUGUGGUUCCACGUGACAAGACCUGGUCGAUACACUGCACCACGCGAGAAAGAGAGGGGCGGGUUCAGAUAUAUGUCACUCAUCCACAACGGCACUGGCAAGGUGGAAAUUGCUGCUGCUGAAGUACACUACACCCCCAUGCCACAUUGGGAAGAUGACGCGAUUGGGAAUUAUACAGGCUACUUCCACUGUGAUGGCGCAUACACCAAUCAGAUCUGUACCAUUGAUCCUCACUAUGGGAACGCUCUGAUUCACAUAUUUCAAAUCAAUGCGUCCGUCUCGGAUGCAACAAAUGUGACAUGGUACAACAACUAUACAAUCACUCAAGGGUCGUCUGCGCUUGUUGAUGGAGCGAAAAGAGAUCGCAUCGUAUGGGCUGGGGACAUGGCGAUUGCGGUACCAGGUGUCGUAGUAUCCACCAACGACGUUAUAUCGAUUGAAAACUCAUUGGACUCGUUGUUCGACUUGCAGAACGAAACGACUGGACAGCUGCAGUAUGCGGGGAGUCCAUUCCCAGCGAUCUUGAGCUUCACAUAUCAUCUCUAUACGCUGAUUGGCGUGGCGGAUCAUUACUUGUACACUGGCGACAUUGAGUAUCUUUCCUCGCUUUGGUCUAAAUGGAAAUUUGCCCUUGAAUUUUCUCUCUCCUUCAUCGAUGACACCGGCCUCAUGAAUGUUACUUCACCUUCCGACUGGCUGCGCUUCGGUAUGGGCGGGCAUAACAUCGAAGCCAAUUCGAUCCUGUACUACACCAUCAAUCAAGGCAUCCAGCUUGCGAAGGUGAUGAAUGACACGGCGCCAGUUGCCAAUUGGACGUCUACCGCAGCGCGGGUGAAAUCUGCUGCAAACGAACUGUUGUGGGAUGAUAAGGUGGGCAUGUACAAAGACAAUGAGACAACGACCUUGACACCUCAAGACGGCAACUCUUGGGCUGUGGUUGCCAAUUUGACAGCAAACUCGUCGCAGGUUGAGCAGAUCAGCAGCAAUUUGGCGGAAAGAUGGACAAAAUACGGAGCACCUGCUGUCGAAGCCGCCGACGCCAUAUCCCCUUUCAUUUCCGGAUUUGAACUACAAGCUCAUUUCCUCGCACAAAACGCGAGCGCUGCGCUCGAACUGAUGCGGCGACAAUGGGGCUUUAUGCUGGAUGAUCCGCGCAUGACCAACUCGACUUUCAUCGAGGGUUAUAGCACAUCUGGAGAACUACAUUACGCACCGUACCUCAACGAUGCGAGAAUUAGCCAUGCACAUGGGUGGGCGACAGGGCCAACGUCAAGCCUGACGUCGUAUGUAGCGGGAGUCCAGUUGCUUCGUGCUGGUGGUAGAGAGUGGCGUAUCGCGCCCGUGCUGGGCGAUUUGAAGCAUGUAGACGCAGGUUUCAGCACCAGUCUUGGAUUGUUCGCCGCGAAGACGCAAGUGACAGAUGAUGGGUUGGAAAUGGAGUUUGAGACGCCGAAGGGUACUAAGGGUGAAGUCAGAGUGCCUUUGCCGGCAUGCAAGGGUCGCAUGACGAUGCAAGACCAGGACGGUGGAUGCGAGGAUAUCACUGCAGAGGUCGUUUCUGCAGAUGUGGGGUAUAUUCAUGUUGCGGAUGUGGAGGGUGGCAGAUGGAAAGUUAUGGUCGCCUGUGGAGACUAA